UCGACCUUCCCAAGAUGGCGGCGAAAAAGGCGGGAAAAACCAAGGACCACCCAUGGGCGUCGACCCAACUGCCUGCGCCCGACCCCGUAAACGGCGCCGCCCGGGAACAAUUUUCCGCGGCGCUUCCCGGUGCGAGGGAUCUGUGUGCGCGCUGUGCCGCGCCGCGGUGCGGUUCCGGCAGACAUUUUGGUCAGGCCCCUGAGCCCGGCAACACCCGGGGGCCUCGGCUCUGCCACAAACGAGAUGGCGGCUCGUCGUCGGGGCAGCCACCUUCCCAAAAGGGCAGGAGAAACACCGGGACCACAGCACACCCCCCUUCCCCGGCUUUCUCCUCCCGGCUGCCUGCGCGGGACCCCGAGCACCAGCUUGCCCGGUGGAGCUUUGGGGAGUUUGAGGAGGACAGAAGUCUUUGGAUGGAUGGAAAGGAAGGGGAACACCAGGGAGAAACUGCUGCUUGUGUCCUCCGAGAGCAGUGGGAAGAGCCCGAGAGAAAUCUUGGCUGCUGGAGGGAUCCUCGUGUCCCCUCUGGAGCGAAUGCCUGCGUCUGCUCACACCUGCUGCUUUGCAGCACGAAGUUUGCACGCAUUUUGCUGCCGCUUUGGCUCUCAAGAACUGGAAAUGCCUGGAUUUCUGCGUGGUUUCCCCAGGUUCUCCUAUUUAGCAGGAGCUGCACGGUGAGGCAGCUGGCAAAAGAGGAGAGAGAGCCCCUGCGAGGCAAAGCCCCUGGAAGGCCCUGUCCCGGUCCGAGGUUCCCACUUUUCUCUCCGACUUCCUGCCUUUUCCAAUAAAUGGUGACUUUCAGCUGGAGUGUGUUCCUGGUGUCAUCCUCCUCCUCCUCCUCCCUGGAUUUGUAAAUAAAUGUCCUGAUUUUUGCCAAGU